AUGGCAUCGAGUGGCCUAAAAGCGGUGGUAGGAGAAAAAAUUCUCAAUGGAGUCAUCAAAAGUGUAAAGAAGGAAGGUGAAUGGAAGGUCCUUAUUGUUGACCAUUUGAGCAUGAGAAUAUUAUCCUCCUGUUGCAAGAUGUCUGAUAUUUUGGCAGAAGGUGUUACAAUUGUGGAGGACAUCAACAAACGCAGGGAACCAAUAUCAAGUCUGGAGGCGAUAUAUUUGAUCUCACCCAUGGAGAAGUCUGUUCAAGCCCUCAUUAAUGAUUUUAAAGACACUGCUUUUACUUACAAAGCGGCACAUAUCUUCUUCACUGAUGCUUGUGCCGACGGGCUAUUUGCUCAAAUUGGGAAAGCCAGAGUUGCCAAAGUGAUCAAAACAUUGAAAGAAAUCAAUGUUGCUUUCCUGCCAUAUGAGUCCCAAGUCUUCACCCUUGAUGACCCUGGCUCCCUGCAUUCAUUCUACAGCUCUAAGCCAACUCUGGACAGGGACAAAAUGAUGGAGAAUAUAGCAGAGCAGAUAGCGACUCUGUGCGACACAUUAAAGGAAUACCCUGCUAUUCGCUAUCGCAAGGGACCAGAAGAAAAUGUACGUCUGGCAAAUGAAGUCUACCAGCGCCUCAAUGCUCACAAGGCUGACAACCCAAGCAUGGGAGAGGGGGCAGACAAAGAAAGAUCCCAGCUUCUGAUUGUGGAUCGUGGUUUUGAUCCCAUUUCUCCCAUCCUGCAUGAGUUGACCUUUCAGGCUAUGGUUUAUGACCUGUUAGAAAUCGAUCAGGACAUCUACAGGUACCAGACCACAGGCAUUGGAAACUCGAAUGAAAAAGAAGUGUUGCUGGAUGAAGAUGAUCAUCUUUGGGUUCAGCUCCGACAUAUGCACAUCGCUGACGUCACAAAGAAAGUGACAGAACUUUUACGUGGGUUUUGUGAAAGCAAACGAAUGUGCACUGACAACGCCAACAUCAAAGACUUGUCUCAGAUGUUGAAGAAGAUGCCACAGUAUCAGAAAGAGCUCAGCAUGUACUCCACUCACCUGCACCUGGCUGAAGCGUGUAUGAAGAAAUUUAAGGCCUCUCUUGAUAAACUCUGUGAGGUAGAACAGGAUCUGGCCAUGGGAGCAAAUGCAGAAGGAGAGCCUCUGAAAGAUGCAAUGAAAAGCAUUGUCCCUGUGCUUCUCAAUAAUGAAAUUGAAGCUUAUGACAAAAUACGCAUCAUACUGCUGUACAUAUUUCACAAGAAGAAAGGUAUUGGUGAGGAGAACCUUACAAAGCUCAUCCAACACGCCAACAUACAGGAGGAUAGUAUGAUCAUCACUAACCUGCAGAAUUUGGGCUGCAACAUCAUUGCAGGGGGAAGAAAUGCUGGCAAAACCUUGCCAGACAAAAAGGAGCGCAAAGAGAGUACAUACCAGCUUUCUAGAUGGACACCCACCAUUAAAGACAUCAUGGAGAAUGCUGUAGACGACAAACUGGACAAAAAGCAAUGGCCUUAUGUUGCUGAUCCAGCUCCAAUCAAUACAACUACUACUGCACCCAGCAGUGCACGCUUCGGACACUGGCAUAAGAACAAGUCUCCGACAGAAUACCGCUCUGGCCCUCGUCUCAUCAUUUUCAUUAUUGGGGGCUUGUCCCAUUCAGAGAUGCGUUCUGCUUACGAAGUCACUCAGGCGACUGAUGGAAAGUGGGAAGUUGUCAUUGGUUCAUCUCACAUUUUGACUCCAACCCUAUUUCUAAACGAUCUUAAGAGUCUUGACCAAGUUCCAAACCCUGACUCUUAA